CUGCACGUGCGAAUAAGAACGUAAAGUAAUUUUUAAAUAACAUUUGAACAAGAUAUAUAUCACAAAGAAUGCCUGAAAUUGAGGGAUAUAAAGUGUCACUUCUGAAGUUGACGCCUGAUACAAAAAUUGGGCAUCACAUUUAUAUGCGAGAGCACUUUAUACGUCUCAUGGAUCCUAACAAACCCAGAGGUCGUACAUUAUUUUUACUCAACAUACCACCUUAUGUUACGGAAAAGAGUUUAAUGGAAUUUUUCAAACGAUUUGGUGAAGUUAUAAUGGUUUCAUUUGCCGAAAAACCGGGUCGGGAUGAAACCCAAAAAUGGCAGGAAUACACGACACCAUUUACAAACAAUGAACCGCCAUUUAAAUUUAAAGUAGCCUAUGUAGUAUUUAAGGAAAGUAAAAGUGUACCACGUGCACUCUUAGCAAAAAGCAUUGACUUGUUUAGCGAAACAACAGGCGAGUCUUUGAUCGAAACUGGAUUACAGCUGUGGCAUUCCCAGCAUGAAAAAAAGAUUCUAAAUGUAGAAGAAACGCAAAUAGAAAUUGAUAAAUACAUGGUCGAUUAUGAACAGCGCGAAAAAGUUGCUAAUGAGGCAGCAAAAACUUCUGCAGCAGAUGCUGACGGUUGGGUCACAGUUGGCAAGCAGGGUCGUAAUGCUGGAUUUGAGCAAAAAGAAUCAGUUAUCGAUCGAAUUGAACAAAAAGUGGCCAAGGACAAGAAAAAUAAAGAGCUCACUAAUUUCUAUACAUUCCAAAUACGUGAAUCCAAGAUGAAAAAUAUAGUUAACCUGCGCAAAAAGUUUGAAGAAGACAAACAAAAGAUAGAAUUACUUAAGAAGUCGCGACGUUUCAGACCCUUCUAAUUUAUCAAAGAGACAUUAAACACGCAAGAUUGGUUUAAAGGAAAUAUAUUAAUGAAAUAUUAUAUAUAUAAUAUAUAAUUCUG